AUGAUGAACAUCAGGCAGCCACUGUCAACCCUCCUGGUGCUCAUGAUCUUCUGCACCAGUCUGUUCCAGGUCAGCCUGAUCCUUCACCUUAGCCUGGACAUCACCGCCGCGAGCUGGAACCUAAAACACGCAGUGAACACAUUCAUGUUCUAUGCGGUUUGCAUUAGCAUUCCCACUACUCUCUGGCUGAACAUCUUCUACAGUAUUGAGAUUGUUCCGGGUAGGACUACCUUUUUCAAGUGCCUCGAAAGGAACAUCAGGCUCGUUGUGUAUUUGUUCAUCAUCUUCAUUACGUGCACCACGGUGUGCUACCUGUACCAGCACAUUAAGAAGAUGACUAAGAGUGGUACAAGCAUUCACUCUCAGCUCCUCCAAAACCAGGUUGGAAUCACCGUCACUGGCCUUGUACAAGGACUCCUCUAUCUCCUUUUCUCUAUGGGGAUGUUUCUUGAUUUGUAUUGCACAUAUCUCAAAUACAAGUGCGAUCAAAGUGCGAUGUCCUCUCUAGUGGGACAGUCUCUGUUUAAGCAGUGGAUCGCUCAGCUUUGGAAAGAAGGCGGGAGACGAUUUUCCUGCCAAAAUACAGAAAGUGCAGACUUAGUUGUGCUAGAAGUCUUUUAA